AGACCGUUAUAGAAUGAUCAAUAGUUUCGAUGAUGGAAUAUGAGCCAAAUUCAUCAAAAAACGAAGUGCAUUUAAAUAAUAGAUUAUAAUUCUUGGCCUCUUUUGGCGUAAAUCUUCGCUCAUCAAAAUUACUAGUUCCGCAUGAGUCACUUAGAAGUGUAAAAAUUAACCAGAGGAUUCGAAUCCAAACUGUUCGCCAAAAGCAGGUACGUGAGGCACAGAAGGAAUGGUAAAGCUGUGGAACCCUGUCGAAGAAAACGUACGACGACGUCUGUUUGACGUAAUCAUUGGAAAAACUGGGAACUUCUCGCGUAUAUGGCUACUGCAGCAUAUUGAUUUUCCGUCGGUGUUAAAUGAGUGUCGUCUGCAGAUUAAACAGUAUUUUAAUGGGCCUUGUGGAGCUGUCGCUGCUAUUCAGGCAUGGCUUGUGAAGAAUCUGUUGUUUGAAAAAAUUCGUUUACGGCCGACUUCAAAUCAAAUCGAGCGAUUAGCUGAGCUACGGAAACAGGCACUCAUUAGAGCACUCACUGACAUCUUGUGGAGGGUAACUCCAGGACAGAAAGGCCCGGUUCGUCUUAUAGUACCAUUUCCUCCCGAAGGCGACGUAGAAGAAAAUCAGUUUUAUGCUUCCUGGAUGUUUGCUCAAUUUGAAUCUCCACUUGAGUUGAGAGCCGCUAUCGAGAAGCACUUCGAUCGAGUCUGCCGAUACGGAAUGGUCCCGUUUCUAUCCUCGAUGGUCUUUAGCCGUGGGCCGGACCGUGUGCAUUUGGAAGCUGCAAAAGAUCUCUUGGUUGAUCCUACAGAUGAAGAUUGCUUUCAGCCACUAGUUAAUCUCAUCGUUACAGGUCGAGCCGUGUCGAAUGUUUUCGAUUCGCCGAGGCCGUGCACAGAAGAUGACCAUCCCAAACGAGGACGAUAUGGUAUCAUUAAACGGUCACCAUUGGGUUUCAUGACCAGCGUGGAACUCACGAACAAUUUUUUCGCUGUUGGUCGGAAUCUCAAGUUUCCCAAAUACCCUAUUUGGGUCAUUCAUGGAGAUUUCCAUUACUCCGUCCUUUUCUGCGACGAACCAAGGGUCAUCAAGGAAGAUCCGAAAGGUGAUACGUUUUACUGGUACACAGUUACCGCUCAUAGAGGAGUUCUGCUUAAUAGGCAAUAUACUGUUAAGCUGGACAUUAAACAGAGUCUAAGUAAACGUUCUACAAAGCUCGAUCGAAACGUUACCGUUCUUCGCGACUGUAUGCAGAUAAGAUGGCCGAAAGCAAAGAUGAACGUCGAAGCCAUGGCAACGGAACGCAAGAUUCGCCGUCGUGACGAUUUCUCAGAAAACACGACGUCAUCUUCGAGUUCAUUUUUGUUUUAAAUGCAACAAAGUUUGCUCCCGCUACCUCUGCUACGGCCAGUACAACCACAACUGGCAAACACAGCCAUUUGCCGUUGUCAGAGUGUGUUUUAAGGGCAGCUAAAGGAAACCUUCUGGUAGAUGUGGACUCCUCUGGCGCCACACCUUCGUAGUCCGAGUCCGGGGAUCAGAUAAUGUCCGGAACUGCUUUCGCUUGCCCUCAACUUGGGUGCUAGACAAAAUACCUUGUGCUAAUGGUUGUUACCGUCAAGCACGUGCCAUGUCCUUCCAUCAACUGGCGAAUAUUUUCAUCCGAUAAGGCAGUUGAAAAUCGAAUAUGGCUACCUUUUCGCACAAAUUGAGGUUACGUUCAAAAUAAAACGGGCGAUUAUCUUUAAAUUGGCCUACGUUUACGGCUACAUAAAUGCAAAUUCUCCUU